GCUCGUGACAGCUCAUUCAUUUGUGGCGGCGGGCGGCGUGAUUGACAGCAGUUGGGGUCCAGUGACAGGCGGACACGCACGCCGCUCCGCUCUCAGUCGCCUCAUGUCGAUUGACGUGUUGACGCGCGGUGCAGGUACGGCGCGGUACUAGACGGUGCAGUGCGGUGCGCGGGUGGGCGUGUAGUGACUGUUGCGGCGCGACAUUGUAGUGGUGUACCGAGUGAAGCAAGCACAGUACUCUUGGUUGACAUGGCUCAGCCUGCCAGGUACGACGACGGGCUGGGGCACUACGGUGGUGGCGGCGCGAGUAUGGAGACCGUGGCCAACAUGUACGGCGACCCGCACCGAACAGCGGCGGCGGCAGCGGCUUUACAACCAUCUCUCAUGAGCCACAUGAACCAUGUGGGUGGUGCCGCCCACAACGCGGCGAUGUACGCCCACUCUCAAGCCUCUAACCAUGUGGCGGCAAACCACGUGAUGGGCUCCGUGCCCGACGUACACAAACGCGACAAAGACCUCAUAUAUGGGCACCCGUUGUUUCCCUUGUUGGCGCUGAUCUUCGAGAAGUGUGAGUUGGCCACCUGCACCCCUCGAGAACCAGGAGUGGCGGGCGGAGACGUAUGUUCCUCAGAGUCCUUCAACGAGGACAUCGCAGUCUUCUCCAAGCAGCUUCGACACGAGAAGCCCUACUACUACUCACACCCCGAAGUUGACAGCAUGAUGGUCCAAGCAAUCCAAGUUCUCCGAUUUCAUCUUUUAGAAUUAGAAAAACGGCCGCCAUCUUCGUCAAUGUCAUAUUCUGGGGGCACGGGCGGGGACGACGCCCGAUCUCCUGGGUCGGGCGGCACCCCGGGACCUCUAUCCCACCAACCCGCCUCCCAGCAGUCUGCAGACAACACCAGCGAAGCAGGUGAGUCCUUAUUUGCUGGGUCUCGUGUUAGACUCCGGCUCUAGCAGC